CCUUGUUCAUUAUUCCGUGGGCGGGGAAAAGAGCACCUCGGCUACGGUGUAUUCAAGACAAAGGGAAGUCGCUUCAACAGGGAAGUAGUUUAACUUACUUCUUCUAGCCUAAGAGAAAUUGCUACAUCGAUCAAGAAAAGCUUAUUUGGAAGACGAUUAUUUACCUGGACGAAGGCUUUCACGGAAGAAAAAAAACAACAAUGAAACAGGUGUGGAGCUAUGGUGUACUGUUCCUACUGCUCGCGGUACUGGUCCGCGGUCAGUUCGACGAAGAGAAACAAGGAUGCGCUUGGGAUGAGGACACCAACCCCGACCAAGGUCUUGACCCAAAAUCCCUUGAAGCUGGAGCCAGACAUUUGGCUCACUUGCCGGAGAUAUCAGAUAGCAAGGGUUGUCAGGACGCGUGCUGCGGCAACCAGGACUGUCAGCUCGCUUUGAUUGGAACCCCAGCGGAUGGAACACCGGAGUGUUUUCUCGUCAGCUGCAUGAAAGAUGGAAAGGACGUCUGCGUGUUACAGUCCGAUACACAGUUCAAGGUCUACCGCAAAAAGACUCAGCCCAAGACUACAAAAGUCGAAGAUGUUGUCCCCAGGGAAGUCAACUCAACAGCUGCCAGUUCUGAGGAUCCUGCCAGUUCUAAGGAUCUCCUUCCCAAGAUGACGUCAGAUGACUUUAUCGAGCUGUGCCAGGCCGGUCCAGAAACGGGGCCGUGCCGCGCCUCCCUUCGCCACUACUACUACGACAGCUCCACCGGCGCCUGCCAGCCCUUCACCUACGGCGGCUGCCUUGGCAACAAGAACAACUAUGAUACCGCCGAGAGGUGCCUCGCCACCUGCACAGUGACCGUCAUCCCUGGCUCUAAGGGAAGGAAAGGGUCUGGUGCAAACACACCUACAGAUGACAAGCACAUUGAAUAUAAAGAUGCUUGCAUGGUGGCCUCGGACUCGGGCCCUUGCCGUGCUGCCUUCACUAUGUUCUACUUUGACCACAGCACCAGCUCCUGCCAGCAUUUCAUCUACGGUGGCUGCAAAGGAAACAACAACCGUUACCGCACACUGGACGAAUGCAUGGCCCGGUGCACUGGAGAGGACGGCGAGCAUUGGCAACACAAUGGCCGUAACCGCAUGACACCAGCAUUCUUCCUGGUGGCUACCUUGGCAGUAAUUUCAGCCCUGAUCCUGGUGGGUCUGAUCCUCAUCACCAUCCGGCGCACCAGGCUGCAGCAUGACCAUCGCCGCCUCAGCGACAAGGAGGACCUGCUCCCCUACGAACAGCUGUCUGAGGAACAGCUGUCUGAGGAACAGCUGUCUGAGGAACAGCUGCCUGAGGAAGAGCUCCCCAAAGUGGCCACCCAUCCAUAAGGAGGGAGCCCCCCCCCUGCCAUGGAGACACUGUCGCCUUACUCCACUGUAACUUUCCAUUCUAAAUAUCACUGACCCAGAAUGCCUGCAUCUGCUGAUUUGUCAAGGGAUGUAUUCAUAUACAAUGGGAAAGUGUUAAUUGUGGCUUUUUGUCCGAUUAGCCACUGUACUAAUUACUUAGAUAAAUUGAACACCCGAGAGGUGUUUAGGCCAGGGUGUGACGUUUUAGUGAGUGUUUAGGCCAGGGUGUGAUGUUUUAGUGAGUGUUUUAGACUGGGUGUGACGUUUUCAGAUCGUAGUGAAUUUCUGCUGCUGUCAUUUUUACUUUUGUUUAUUUAAAAGGCUGAAAUGUUGACGGGCAGUCUCCUGGUCACAGAUUAAGCCUAAUCCUGGAGUAAAACACAACCUCAAUGGAGAAUCUCCAUUUAAAAUGCUUUUUAGUCCAGGAUUAGGCACAUCAAUGUGUGUCCAGGGAACCUCACCUGAAUGUGGUUUUAAAACCCUUUGUGACCUUUGCUUUAGUUAAUGAACAAACUGCUAUACUAUGCACUCUUUUACCUGUGACAAGUUAUUUUGUACGUUGAUAUUCAGUGGCAAAAUUGCCUUUUUAAAUCAAAAUAUAAAGUAAAUUUUAAUGAAUGAAUACAAAUAUAUAAUGCAACAUGUUUUACUUACAAUUUAAAUCCUAAACGUGACAUGGAUGACAUAUAUUUUUCACGACUUACACUAAUACCAAACACUUAUCUCCUCCAUAUUGAAUGUAAAUAUUCAGUGGCUUUAUUGUGGGCUUUGCUGUUCUACUUGUAAUUCAGCAGAGGGAUGGAUGAUGUCAACAGUGCCAUCCUCUGUAUUAACUACUGAAUGCAUUUAAUAAAUAAAAUAUACUGGUACUUUU